CCCACGUCUCUGCAUACUCUACUCUAAAAAAUAUUUCGUUGACUUCGAGAGUACUUAAAUCCCGACAAUGGCCUCAAGUAAAGUCAUCACAGACUUGUUCAAAGACCCAGCAUUUAUCACCCAAUAUCGAAAUGCUGAGAAGGUCACUGGUGCCUUUGCUCCUCCGUUGGUCCAGCAAUCUGGUAUCGCAACAUUUCAAGGUUCCCCGGUCAUUCUAGACAGCGCCUGUGGGACAGGAAUCGUCGCCAGUACGCUCGUUUCUAUGCUUGGUGACGAGGUAAAACAGAGCUGGGAAUUAACCUGUGGUGAUCUGUCCCAGGGGAUGGUCGAAUAUACCCGCCAUCGAGCUCGAGAUCAAGGGUGGCCGAAUACCGAAGUCAAACUCGUGAACGCUCAAGAUACAAAGCUGCCUGCUCGGCAUUAUACGCAUAUCUAUGCUGGGUUUGGAUUUGCGUCUUUUCCUGACCCUGAAGGUGCGAUCAAAGAAUGCUCCCGAAUCCUCAAACCAGGAGGAACGAUUGCGCUCUCGGCCUGGAAGAAUGCGUUUUGGGGAGCGAUUAUAAAAGCUGCUCUCGACACCAUCCCAGAAGACCUACCCUUUCCUGAGGGAAGUGGAGUUCUGAGACUCAUUCACGACGAGCCCUGGGACUCCGAACUGUUCGUGCGCUCUCAGCUCGAGCAGGGAGGGUUCACAGACAUACAUAUCAAUGUGAUGUCCAAGCAGAUCCUAAUGGGUGUUGAUGAAUUCCUGAAAGUGCAGGACAUGAUGCUUCCACUCGUUCUGUCAAGGUGCUGGACUCAGGAAUUGCGGGAGAAGCAUGAGAAAAGGGUUCCAGCGGUGCUUCGACAAUAUCUGGAGGAUAAAUAUGGGCCAGAUGGAUCGGUGGUGAUAGAACCGGUGGCGAUUAUUGCGACGGCUCGUAAACCUUGGUAGUUGACAAGUUGUUAUUUGCAAAUUGGGCAGAAACAAGAAGUCCCCGGAUAUUUUGAGGAUAUCACUUGUGCUAGCUAGGG